GGCAAAGGUGGCAAGGGCCUCGGAAAGGGCGGUGCGAAGCGUCACAGGAAGAUUUUGCGCGACAACAUCCAGGGUAUCACCAAGCCCGCCAUCCGCCGUCUGGCUCGUCGUGGCGGUGUCAAGCGUAUCUCCGCCAUGAUCUACGAAGAGACCCGUGGUGUCCUCAAGACCUUCCUCGAGGGUGUCAUCCGCGACGCAGUCACAUACACCGAGCACGCCAAGCGCAAGACCGUCACAUCCCUCGAUGUCGUCUACGCGCUCAAGCGACAAGGCCGCACCCUCUACGGUUUCGGUGGUUAA